CUGAGGGUAUUUGCAGUCACGCGCGGCUCCUGCUUCCUCUCGGUUUCGGUUCCCAUGGUAACCGUUUCUGUACCAGUGUCGCUGCACAGACGUCAUCAUUCGGCGGUAAGGUGGUGCCUAGCAACCAGAAGCACCGGCGGCGUGAGAAGGUGAGAAGAGACCCAGGAGAGGCAGAAGCUAAUGAUGGUCUGAGCAUGGCGCGCUUGCACAUGGCACCAAAUCCUUACAGAGAAGGCCUUGGUGAAGCAAAGCUACCAUCCUUGAGACAAGACAUACAGGCCCCUAAAAUCAUGUCCAGGUUGGAACAGCUGAGGUACGAAUACCAGGAUAGAGUCCUAAAACAAAAAGAUGAGAAGAUGCUCACACUUCUUGCACGGGAGCAAGAAAACACCCCUAAGAGGGUAACUAGCUUUACUCUAGGGACUGUGCCAAAUCAUUCUGAUGCUCUCAAACACCCAGAAAGGAAGCAGCACUUAUCUCAAAACCAGUAUCCUGCUUCUCGUCCAAGUAUAUGGGAAUCAGAAGAUAAGAAAUGGGCCUCAAACUGGACAGUAGCAAAGAAGAGUUUUGGAGUAGACAGAGCAUAUCCUUUAAAACCAGUAUCUCAUCGCAAGUUUCCAGAAAACAUGACUCUAGGAGUAAGUAAUCACCACCGUUCACCAUCGGCAAAUUCAUCAGGGGUCAAACCUCUUCUCCCGGAAUAUGUCCGUUCCAAAUCUGGGCCUAGCAGGACUGAUCCAUGGCAACAGCUGCAAGAAAGAGAAUACAGUCUAGAAGCCGAGAUCCGCAAAAAGGAGAAGCUGCUGAGAGAGAAGCUACGCAGGACGGAAGAAGAACUACGCAGGAUACAGAGGGAGAAGGAGCUUGCUGAGCUGGAGGAGAAAAGGUUAAAUGAGAUCCAGGAAGGAAGAAAGAGGGUAACCAAGACCCAAAAAAAAGCAGAGAAGAGCUACCCCUACAUGUAUUCGACAGAUGAGGGAGAAGAUAAAAAAAGAAGCUAUAGGAGCCAUGCAGAAAGUAGACCAUAUCAGGUAGAGGAGUCAAGCUUACCUACAGGUACACCCAGUCCUCCCCCGGCAGAUCUGCUGUACAGAACUGGGAGGCUAAAGAGAGAACAUAAAGUCACCAGCCACACAACAAAUAUUGCUCGUACCCAAUCUAUUUCGCCCAAAUAUGAAGAGGAUCAGGGUCCUCUUUUGUCACUGAGAACACCUCCUGCUUUAGCUGAUGAAAAUCAUACAGUGGAUUCUGAUGGCGAUGAAGAGAGAUUUCCUGUUGUUACUGCUCCUGAUGGGUUGGAUGUGAAGUUAGUGCCCUGUGGCAUUUGUGGUCGACGGUUUGCACAGCAACGCCUGGAGAAGCACAUGGAGGCCUGUAGGAAAUUGCAGAACUCCAAGAGGAAAGUAUUCGACUCAUCUUUAGCUCGAGCGAAGGGAACAGACCUGGAACAGUUUCUCCAAACCAAAGGCAGGGCUCCACCUCCUGCUACUCAGGUCCAGAAACGCACUUGGCGGCAAAAGCAUGAGUCCUUCAUGCGCACCAUACAACAGGCACGUGAGGUACAACAUGUCAUAGCGAAAGGUGGCAAACUGUCAGAUCUGCCACCUCCACCCCCUGAGGAAAACCCUGACUAUGUGCCCUGCCCUCAUUGCAACCGACGAUUUGCCCCACGUGCAGCAGAGAGGCAUAUACCCAAAUGUGAGACAAUCAAGAGUAAGCCUCGCCCCCCUCCACAGCAGAGACGAUAGAACAAUACCCUUAUUUCUAUGAAGCGCUAUUGCAAGACUACAAGCAAGGAUUAAUGGUCAGGUGGUGCCUUUCCACCCCACUGUACAACAUAGCAGACCCCAUAUGGCUGACCCUUAAUAAAUAUAUAUUUGGGCUGUAAUUCUUAAUUGUUAACCCAGUGAAUCCGGCACUUAACCUGAAUGUAAAGCAUGUGCCUUUAUACUACAUGUGCCUUGAAAAAUACAUCAUCCUAUAACGUUGUUAUGGGGCAGAAACUUUUUUCUACAACACAACAUACUUUUUUGUGUGUCCCUUAUGCUUCUACAUCACAGUGUGCAUGUGACAUAUGGAGCACACUUCUUUGGAUCAGGGUCUUUAUAGCUGUACAUCUCCAGAUUUGUUGAUACAGCCAUACCGUGUAGUUCUGUAUGCCGCCAUGCACAGGAACAGAGACAUUCAAAGAUUUACAUCCCUGUGUAUUAAUCCCCUGUAGCUCUACAUAUCCGUGUUUGUUAGGGGCAAACAAGCUUCAUAGUUUUGCAGUGCCUUGUACCUUAGUUUCCUUUCAUUUGUUGUUCGUAGACAAACGUUCUCUCUGUAUGGCAUUGGGACAGAUUUACUUCCCACCGGUGCUUGAAUAGAUGCUUUCUAGCUCAGUUUUGCCCCUUUUGUUGGGGCUGGUGUUGAAUUAUUCACAUUUUAGGACUAUAAUUCUGUUUGCAUAGAGAAUUGCUAGUGGAUAUUUGGAUAGCUUGUUUUCAAUCAUAAUAAAGAUUGUUAAUCUCUU